AGUUUUACUUUUAUGAUAUUUAACUUAACAGAUGUGUCUCUGAUUGCAGUGUCCAGGCUCCUUAGAUAUGCCGGAGAUACACAAACUGUAGGCUACAUCAGAGCUGGAGCUACAAUGAGAAGGAGGGCCAGGAUAUAGCGGCGGCUGUGAAAUAGCUGAAUAUGGAGGACGAGCUGUUGUCGGAGGACGAUAUCUGUGAGUAACCACAUUGCUGUGGUCUGAAAAGGAGUUACAUGAUGCUGCCAAGAAGAACGACAUGGGUAAAAUGCAGGAACUGAUCAAGAAAGGUGUGGACGUCAAGGCCAAAAACAAAAUAGACCGUAAAGCGCUGCACUGGGCAGCAGGAGCUGGGAAUGAACAGGCUCUGCGUCUCCUGUUGGACCACGACACAGACGUUGAUGAGAGGGACAGUUUUGGCAUGAAUCCUCUGCUUCUGGCAUCCUGGUUUGGUCAUCUAAAGAUCCUGCAGAUCCUGGUAUCCUGUGGAGCCAAGCUCAACUGUGAGAACAAAGAUGGUCUGAGUAUGCUGCACUGUGCUGCUCAGCGAGGCCACAUUACAGUGUUGGAGUUCGUCAUGGAGGACCUGGAAGGCAUUUGUCUGGACAGAGCUGACAAGGCAGGCAAGACAGCCCUUCAUCUAGCUGCUGAACACGGACAGCUUGAAGUGGUGGAAUUUCUUAUUGGAAUGGGCUGCACACAUGGUUUGAAGGACAAGGAAGACAACACAGCUGUGCAUCUAGCAGCAAAGCGAGGGCACGCAGAGGUCCUACAGAAGAUCAUGGAGACUGGAGUAGAUGUGAAUGAGAGGAAUGUAGAUGGUCUCACAGCGUUACACCUGGCAGCUGAUGGAGGUCACUACGAGUGUGUCAAACUGCUGCUGGAAUCCGGCUGUAACGUCAAUGCACGAACUAAUAGGAAUAUGAAUGCCCUCCAUUACGUGGCCCAGCAUGGCUUUGACAGAGAGACCAGCUUGCUGGUGGAAGCAGGAAUCAACAUAGAUGCUGUAGAUAAUCAGCAAAUCACACCGCUCCACCUAGCUGUGUUCAACAAUCACACAGAUGUUGUACGACGGCUUAUAGAUGCUGACUGUGACCUGGAUGUCACUGACAGUAGACAGCAGACUGCAUUGCAUAUAGCAGCAGAGCAUGGAUGGCAGGACCUGGCUGAGAUUAUUCUGAUAUCUGGUGUUAAUCUCAAUCUGACUGACAAGCAGGGGAAAACAUGUCUGGAAGUUGCAGCAAGAGGAAAUCAUGUCAUCCUGGUUGACAUGAUCAUCAAAGCUGACCGUUUUUAUAAAUGGGAGAGGGAUAACCUGAUCAACGGGCGGGAAUCCUGUGUGGGUCGACCUCUCAGCUUCAAACAAGACCACCAGCCAGAGACACAGCACUUGCGCUCUGUUCUGUGGAGCCUUGCCACCAAACACCUGUGCCGCGGAGAGUGGAAGAUUCUGGCUCAACACUGGGACUUCAGUGAUGCACAUAUACGAGCUAUAGAACAACAGUGGACAGGUAUGAAAAGCUUCAAAGAGCAUGGUCACCGCAUGCUGUUAGUAUGGCUUCAUGGAGUGGUGAUGGCUGGGGAAAACCCAAUCAAAACUCUCUAUGAGGGGCUGGUGCAGAUCUCACGGGCAGACUUGGCAGAGUGCAUUCGGCAGAAGGCCAACGCAGAUACCAGCUCUCCCAAAAUGUGCUCGACAAUGUGACCAACACUGUGAACGACUGUAACAGACACCUGACAAACCCACCCCUCAUGUUUACAGAACUCCAUCCAGCAGGCAAUGCCCAGAACUGAGUCCAUAAAAAGCUCUGUGCUGUCAAUGGUAUGACCUGCUUUCAUGUUCACACUGUAAAUAUACUGUUUACUAUCAUUUACCACUAGCUAAGGAAAUACUGGAUGUAAACCUGUGAACUACCUGCUGAGGGUGCACACUAACAGCUUUUUUUAUGCAUGUGCUUACUAAUACAGCUCAUUCUGUACUGUAUCCCUGGAAGCAAAGGGUUUCAAUGACACAAUAGUACAGCUUAUAAUGACCAUGUAUCAGUCAGCAAUUCAAUCAUAUACAGUAUGUAUAUAUGAAGACUUUUAUGUCAAUUCCCUGGUUCUGUGUGUUAUUUGGGUUCUGAUCAACAUUAAACUUUACAUUUGUUUAUCAAACAUUUAUUAACUGGACUGCACAGUGGAGUGAUGGUUAGCACUUCUGCCUUGCUGCUCGAAGAUCCCUGGUUCGCGUUUCAGCCUUCCUGGGAUCUUUCUGGAUGGAGUUUGCAUGUUCUCCCUGUGCAUGUGUGGGUUCUCUCCGGGUACUCCAGCUUCCUCCCGCGGUCCAAAAAUAUGCUGAGGUUGAUUGAAUAUUCUAAAUUCCCCAUAGGUGUGAAUGCGAGUUUGAUUGUUUGUCUCUAUAUGUAGCCCUAGGAUAGACUGGCGACCCAUCCAGGGCGUUCCCUACCUUCGCCCCAAGUCAGUUGGGAUAGGCUCCAGCCCCUCUGUGACCCUAAUGAGGCUUAAGCAGUAUAGAUAAUGGAUGGAUGGAUGGAUGGAUGGAUGUAGCAGACUUGAGAGACUUGUCCAGAGCAUUUUAUUUACAUACUACACCCCAAAGUGCAUGUGUAACAAAAUGGAAAGAAAGGGAAAAAUGAGCUUAGUUAAAGAAAAUUUAUAAACCUGAAAUGCACAACUAAACCUGAAGUGCAAACAUGGACAUCAAUCCAAGUCCUGUGAGGCAGACUAUUCAACACACUAUUACCCUUUCAAAGCAGAAGGAUUGUGGCUAGAUUUUCUGACUUCACCAUGACACUUGUAUCAGAGUGAUGUGUUGUUAAUAAAAUAUCACAAUGAAAUAACAGA